AAAAAAUGUCAUUUGGAAUUUUUAAAUGUCAGAAUAUUGCAAAUAAAAUGCAAUACAAUUUUGAUUCUAUUGGUUUACUGACCAGUGAUGUAAAAUCUAAAGCGUCUAAAAGAGGAAACAGCACAAAGGACAAUGUCCUGUAUUCAACUGUGUUGUUGGAUGAAGCAUCACCUGCUGGCUGUUGAGGAUUAAUAACUGUAAAGAAGAUUAUUAUUGAAAGUCCACAGGGCCUCAGAUAAAAAAAAUAUGUAGUUGGUAUGAAGUGUCUACAAAAUAUUUCGAUGGUUAUCUCGGAAAAACAUUCAAGCUCAAUAAGAUUUUUUAUUUUUUAAAGUGAUGUUAUUUGAUUCAGCAAUUAUGAAAAUGCUUUGCAUCUACAAAAAAAGGAAAAUGAAAGAAAUCUUAUCUCACAGUUAUCACAUGGUAUUUAGUAAUUACAAGCCCAUGAAAUCUUCUACCCAUAAAUUGUAAGCUGUAAUUACAAGAUGUGGUCACAUGUUUUUUCCUUUUGGUGAAUGCAAUGUGCCUUUGUAAACAAAGGGGGCUUGGUUGCAGCUGUCAGUAAAGAUUUUUUUAUUAAUUAAAAGGUGUAAUAAAAAAGGGCUCGCAUGUUCCCGUUUGAAAGUGAAGGCUGACAAUCAGAAAAUUGAGUGUUUUCUUGCACUUUUCUGGUAAACCAGUUUUAAAUGUGGCGUUUGCACUUUUGCCACGGUCCCUAACUUCAGUGGGUCAUCCUGCACUUGCUGUCAAUUGAAACAAGGGCUUCAAAACGCUCAGUGCCGUCGUAUCAGGUCCUGAUGUGGAACAGAAAACAUGCGCAAUAUUAGGGAAGAUUUCACCUGCGCAUAAAAGAUGCACAGUUUCGCGGACCUGGUGCAAAGUCCUGAGGUGGUCCGGCCCCGGUGAACGAGCAUAUCAAACAAACGGUGUUCACCUCCAGCAGCUGGUGCUGCCGUGCCGGGCUGUUUCGCCCAGUCAGAGGCAGAGGACCGUACCAUCUGAAGCCGAGUAGGGGUAGUCAGAUAAGCUGCUUACAGCUCUGCCGGCAGGCCCACGGUUGAACUAGUGCGAAGAAUGGACGGAUUCAUCUCAUCAGGGAAACAUGGCAAGUGAGAAGAGGCGUUGUUCGGUACUGCUGGCAUCCGCAAAACCGGAUCAGACUCCCUGAAGGUGAGUAUGCGGCUGUUUUGAGUGUAAAUCAUCUAAGGUCUUUAAAUGUAGCCGCAGUGCGUUGGCUCAAUAACGUUAGCAGGCUGUAUGGUGUUAUGAAAUUUAGUGGAGCUGGACAGAGAAUUAAACCUGCACGGAGUGUACUGUUUUAAUGUGAAGGUGAUUUUCUGCAGCCGAAGAUUUUUUGUGCUGCGUUUAAAGGCGUCACGUACAUCCCCCACCCCUUGUUUUGAGUGCAUGGAUGCGUCUUGCUGCUGGAGCCGGUAUCAGCCUGCUCUGCAGCCCCAUGGAAAACAGUGACCUUCAUGCUUUAACCACAACAGAUUUAUUCGCAGGGGAAUGUUCACGCUCACAGAAGUAGCCUCCCUGAAUGACAUCCAGCCAACUUACAGAAUACUGAAGCCAUGGUGGGAUGUCUUCAUGGAUUAUCUUGGUAUUGUCAUGUUGAUGUUGGCCAUAUUUUCUGGAACGAUGCAGUUAACUAAGGACCAAGUGGUUUGUCUUCCCAUUCUGGAGCAAACUCCAGAGCGGUCCGGGGGUUUCUUGGAACCUGAAGCACCAGAGCCAACCAAUGGCUUUUGGAACAAAGAGAGUGCCAUUGGGGAGCAAGCUGCUCCUCUCAUGGCUAAAAGGCCUCCCGAUAGCGUCACGCCUACCAUUCACUUCACACAGCCAGCUACCAUCGGACAGCCCUAUCCUACAGGCGUCAGGACCAAGCUGGAUUUUCAGCAGUAUGUUUUUGUCAACCAGAUGUGCUACCAUGUCGCCCUACCUUGGUAUUCAAAAUAUUUCCCAUACCUUGCCCUAAUUCACACUAUUGUGUUGAUGGUCAGUAGCAACUUCUGGUUCAAAUACCCCAAAACAAGCUCAAAAGUAGAACAUUUUGUUUCCAUACUGGGAAAGUGUUUUGAAUCACCUUGGACUACCAAAGCUCUGUCUGAGACUGCGUGCGAGGAUUCGUCAGAGAACAAGCAGAGGCUGGCCGGGGCCUCCUCUCUCCUGAAACAUCUGUCCACAAGUAGCGAGGAGGGAAGUCCGAACCAGUCCGCUCCGGUGCUGACUAAAUCUGGGGUUACCUUUUCUGCUGAAAAGCUUGUGAGUGAAAUUCCCUCCAUGACUAUACUGGACAAGAAAGAUGGCGAGCAAGCGAAGGCCCUGUUUGAGAAAGUUCGGAAAUUCCGUGCUCAUGUGGAAGACAGUGAUUUGAUUUAUAGACUCUAUGCCAUACAGACAGUUAUCAAAACUGUGAAAUUUAUUCUGAUACUGUGCUACACAAUGACGUUUGUUGCUUAUAUAGAUUUUGACCAUGUGUGUGAGCCUGAAAUAAAGCAUUUGACUGGAUAUACCAAGUUCCAUUGUACACAUAACAUGGCAUUUAUGUUAAACAAGCUCCUUGUUAGUUAUAUUGCUCUCAUAUGCGUUUAUGGCGUGAUCUGCAUAUACACACUGUUCUGGCUUUUUCGGCGACCACUCAAAGAGUAUUCCUUUGAAAAGGUCAGAGAGGAGAGCAGCUUCAGUGACAUUCCUGACGUUAAAAAUGACUUUGCAUUCCUCCUCCACAUGGUUGAUCAAUACGACCAGCUGUAUUCAAAGCGUUUUGGGGUUUUUCUCUCUGAGGUGAGUGAGAAUAAACUUCGCGAAAUCAGCCUGAACCAUGAAUGGACCUUUGACAAGUUACGCCAGCAUGUAACGCGCAAUCCUCAAGAUAAGUUGGAACUUCAUCUUUUCAUGCUAUCUGGAGUUCCGGAUGCUGUGUUUGAUCUCACUGACUUGGAAAUUCUGAAACUAGAAUUAAUCCCAGAAGCCAAAAUAACAGCGAAGAUCUCACAAAUGAUAAACCUUCAGGACCUGCACUUCUACCACUGUCCUGCCAAAGUUGAGCAGACAGCUUUCAUUUUCCUUCGUGAUCACCUCCGAUGCCUUCAUGUCAAAUUCACAGAUGUUGCAGAGAUUCCUAGCUGGGUAUACAUGUUGAAAAAUUUAAGGGAACUCUAUUUGGUGGGUAACCUGAACUCCGAAAACAACAAACUGAUUGGACUUGAGUCUCUGCGAGAUCUCAGGCACCUAAAGAUUCUGCACCUCAAAAGCAACCUGACAAAGAUCCCUACAAACAUAACCGAUCUGUCACCACAUCUGUUAAAGUUGGUUAUUCAUAAUGAUGGUACAAAGCUCUUAGUGCUGAACAGUUUGAAGAAAAUGAUGAACCUUGCAGAACUGGAACUGCAUAACUGUGAACUGGAACGAAUCCCUCACGCCAUCUUCAGUUUGAACAACCUUCAGGAACUUGAUCUCAAAUCCAACAACAUUCGCACCAUUGAAGAGGUCAUCAGCUUUCAGCACCUGAAAAGACUAACGUGUCUCAAACUUUGGCACAAUAAGAUCAUCACUAUUCCACUGUCAAUCAGCCAUGUUAAAAACCUGGAGUCGCUCUAUCUCUCACACAACAAGCUGGAAUCUCUGCCUUCACCAUUAUUCACACUUCUCAAGUUGCGGCACCUCGAUGUUAGCCAUAAUUCUAUAGUGGUAAUCCCGCCAGAGGUGGGCUUUCUCCAGAACCUCCUAUACUUUGCCAUUACCGGUAACAAAGUCGAGGCACUUCCCAAGCAACUGUUCAAAUGCACCAAACUAAGGACUUUAUGCUUUGGCCACAACUGUAUCUCCUCUGUUCCAGAGAAAAUUGGCCAACUUUCUCAGCUCACACAUCUGGAAUUGAAGGGAAACUGUCUGGAUCGUCUCCCAGCUCAGCUUGGUCAGUGUUCCCUCCUUCGCAGGAGCUGCCUGAUUGUGGAGGAUCAUCUCUUUGACUCACUUCCAAUUGAAGUAAAAGAGAGCAUCAAUCAGGAAACCAGUGUUUCUUUUGCUAAUGGAUGUAAAUGUUUAAGUGAUGGACGGUAGUUACAUCCUAUAUGACAUUAAAUGUUGGCCAUUUUCUCUCAAGUCUUUGUUUUUUAAGUGCAUUAGUGCUAGAAAACAGCUAGUGCACAUGUUGGGCUUUUAGGGUUAUACACAGUAAACAUAGCAAAUACAGGGUUGGUACCACUGGAAAUGUCAUGGCUUGUGUCUUGUCUUGAUUUUUUCCCUUUUCCUUUUAUUUUUAGUUACUGUAAAUGCAUAGCAGCACCUCAAACACCUUAUACUUCUUAACCAUAGUAUUCACAAACAUCUAUAGUAGAUUAAUGGGAAAAAAUAUAUUAUUGAAAGUGUACCCCUUUUACUGCUGUGACUUAAUUUGCUUGUUUUUUUUAAGAUUAACUUUAUUAUGAGUAUUUUGUGUAAAGAGUGAGAUUAAAAGGAUUGAUGCCUGCAUGUAUCUCCAGCCAGAUCUGACAAUGAAGUAUAAAGCUGCAACCUGGAGAUGAUUAGCUUAGCGUAGCUUAGCAAAAAGAUUGGAAAAAUGGGGAAACCGCUACAAUCUGUGAACUGACCAUGAAAUUAAAUCCAUGCAUAUUUAAAGUUAAAUAAGUAGAAUACAGUAUUCAGCUUGUUUGUUGAACAAAAUCAAGUGGUUUCUCUGUAUUUUUAAUCUUUAAUGUUGAGCUCAGCUAACUGUAGCUCCAUAUUUAGCAUGAAUACGUUCUAUCAAUCUUUUCAUGUAACUCUCACAAAAAAAGUAUUAUUUCUCAAAAAUGGCAGCACUUUCAUCAGAUAACGUUAGUUUCUUUGUUUUUGUGUGUGCCUUAUUUAUUUUCUGUUGUUUUUGCUGUUUUCCCUUUUAACAAACAUUUUAUAUUUAAUACUUAAAGUUAACAGAAGCAUCUCUUUCCAGAAGCAAUGUUGUCAUUUUCCUGGAUAAUAAACAGAGCUCACUGGUUUUACUGUUUUUAUCAAGCACUUUAUCUCUACUUUCAAAUCGAAUCUGUACGAGCGAUAACAGGGUGCCGUUUAUGGGAAGUGGCAUCGCUUUUUGGAUUUUUUUCAAUGCAUUUCAGUUACAAUUACAGAGAUGUGCUUAAAACUACAAAACCAAAUCUAUCAUGGAGACUGUAAAUGUGGAUGUGAUUUGAAUCCUUUAAAAAUCUCAACUUCAUCUAUAUUGUUAUUAUAAACAUUUCAAAACUGUUAGUGUCAGGAACCUCACUUCUCAUGCACAACAAGCUGAAUCUUUACCUUCACUGUUAUUCACCCUCCUCAUGUACUACCACUAACCAAUAAACCACAAUUAACUGUAUAUUCUCAUUAAGCGUAUUCCACCUUCUUUAGGCUUAUCGUGCAUUUUGAAGAUGUACACCUAUAUGUUGAAAUUUCCAUUAACCUCUUUUGCUACUGCUUCAGUCUUUAAUCUUUUUUUCUCUUUUUUAAUCAAUAGACACCAUUUUCCUUUCAGCCAAAUCACAAAGAUGCUUUGUUUAAUUAUUGUUUUUACUUUAACUGUUACGUCUAGUUAUGUUGUACUGUUCUGAUCAGUAUAUUUCUCAUGUAUUUUUUGUGUACUUACAUUGUGUUUUCUGUGUUUUUCUGCACAGCACUUUGUAAACCUGUUUCUAAAAUGCGCUAUGUUACAUAAUAAAGGAAUGCUAUACAGUUAUUAUUGCUAUUAUGAAAUGCUAGAAAUUAUAAUAAAAUUGCACUGCAAUACUUUUAUGCACAAAAAUGUGAAAUUAUUCUGUAUAUUUGUGUUGUGAAAGCCUUGAUGUCUCAUAUCUCACUGUUCUUUUUGCUUGUUUGUUCUUUGCUUAGCCAGAACAGGUUUUUCUCCUCAUCCACCAGUAAGAAAACUGCUGACAUGUUGUUUUACCAGACACCUGCACACACCUGGGCUACAUGAAAAAAUGCAACAGUCACAUUUUACCUGACAACCUUAUGCUUUUUAACAGAGUUUCUGUUAAAACCAUUAUUGCCUAUGUACUACAUCAGGGGUGGGCAACUCCAGGCCUCG